AUGGUCAUUGUGGUUACUGUAGUUAUUGGAUUGGUUGUGACUGUGUACAUUUGUCGACGACGAAAGUCAUCGACACUGCAGCAGCUGAUGGAGGUUUCUAGCUUGUCUCGAUCUCGAAGCGUACAUCGUACGUCGUCCAACUACAGACGAUGGGAGUUUCCUAAGGAUAAACUUCGGAUGGGAAAGGAACUUGGUGAAGGCUUCUUUGGAUCUGUCUACAAAGCGCAAGCACUCGGCAUCACUACCCCAAACGUUUGGACAACAGUUGCUGUAAAAAUGGUCAGAGAUGAUGCUGAAUUUGACAGAAUGAGCCAUGCAAGUUUGUGCUAUGAAGCCAAAUUGCUCUCAGACAUGGGAUCGUGUCAGCACGACAAUGUGCUGCGUCUUCUUGGUGUCUGCUCACAGAAUGGUCCGUUGUGGUUGAUUGUGGAGUAUGCUCACUAUGGUAGCCUCAGGUCGUAUCUCCGAUCGAAAAGACUGCCUGUUUCCUCACUUCUUACCACUCAAAGCGACACAUCUGUGGAAAACACAAACAACUCAAUGACGGAAAUCAAAAUGUUUGACUUUGCAUUGCAUAUAGCGAGAGGCAUGGAAUAUCUGUCAAGCAGGAAGAUUCUUCACUGUGAUUUGGCGACUCGCAAUGUGGUCGUGUUUGAAGGCGACGUGUUGAAAAUCUGUGAUUUUGGCAUGGCCAAGGACGUCAGAUAUGUCAACUAUUAUCGAAAAAAGUCGAUGGGAUUUUUGCCAGUCAAAUGGACGGCACCCGAGGCAAUAAUGGACAAACUCUAUACUCAUUCUAGUGAUGUGUGGUCAUAUGGUGUUGUACUCUGGGAGAUAGCGACACUCGGUGGGUCACCAUAUCCGGGAAUUCCCAUAGAGCAGCUCUACUACCUCCUCGUCAACGGACACCGCAUGAGCUGUCCUCCCAACAGUCCUCGCCGUCUCUAUGACGUCAUGCUUCGUUGCUGGGCAGCGGACCCGUCGCAGAGGCCGCAGUUUGCGGAUCUUGUGAGAGAUAUUUGCAGCGUUGUCGACGAAUUAUGCGCUAGUUAUUGAGGGUUCUACUGGGGUUUGCGUUGGCAAUGGCAACGGAGAAGUGCAGUGCACGGAUGCAAGUAGCUGUAAAUAUUUGACGGAAAGAAUGUGCUUUGUAUUUUCUAAACUGUUAAUUACUAUUAGUGCUGCUUGCAGACUUUAAUUAAUUAAAGGAAUUUACAAUGACAU